UCCGCACCGCACCGAGCUCCGCACCGCCACCAUGACCGUCACACGGCUCGAUCAGGGCCAGCGCUACCGCCCGCGGAUGGCCUUCCUAAAAAAGAUUGAAGUGCUCAUGAUGGAGAUGCAGAGCCCUGACACGGGAAUCAAGACCCAGGCCCAGACUGUGAUGAUCACCAGCAUCCCACACGCUGUGACAGGUAAUGAUAUAAUGCAGUGGAUUCUUCAGCGCUUGCAGAUCACUGCAGAAGAGGCACUCCACCUGGGAGACCUGUUUGUCAAAUAUGGAUAUAUCUACCCUCUGCAGGAGCCAAAGAACCUCACCCUUAGGGCAGAUGGGAGCCUCUACAGGUUUCAAACCCCCUAUUUCUGGCCGGUGCAGAGCUGGGCUGCUGAUGACACAGACUAUGCAAUUUAUCUAGCAAAGAAGAACAUUAAAAGGAAAGGGAUUUUGGAAGAAUAUGAAAAGGAACAUUACAACAUGCUCAAUCAAAAAAUAAACUACAAGUGGGAUUUUGUUAUUAUGCAGGCCAAGGAGCAGUAUAAGGCAGGCAAGGAGCGGAAGAAGGAGGACAGGUAYGCCCUGGACUGCCAGGAGAGAGCCUACUGGCUGGUGAACAGGACUCCUCCGGGCAUGCUGGACGUCCUCGAGUACGGAUUAGAUCGUGUCACAGAUCCCAAUGAAAGCAAGAAAAAUACGAUGGAGUUUUAUAGGAGAGAGAUCAUGUACUACCAGCAGGCCAUCACCAAGACCAGAGUGAAAUCUUCUGUCUCUCUUGGAGGGGUUGUGAAGUACUCGGAGCAGUACCUCUCCAACGAUCCCAUCCUGUCUGGGUGUCUSCCCAGCAACCCCUGGAUAUCAGAUGACCCCGAGUAUUGGGAUCUCAAUGCCAAGCUGGUGGAGGUGCCCACCAGGAUGCGAGUGGAGCGCUGGGCCUUCAACUUCAGCGAGCUGAUCCGGGACCCCAAGGGRCGGCAGAACUUCCAGCUCUUCCUCAAGAAGGAGUUCAGCGGAGAAAACCUGGGCUUCUGGGAAGCCUGUGAGGAUCUCAAGUAUGGAGACCAAUCCAGGGUCAAAGAAAAAGCAGAAGAAAUCUACAAGCUCUUCCUGGCUCCAGGGGCUCGGCGCUGGAUUAACAUCGAUGGCAAAACAAUGGGCAUCACAGUCAAAGGCCUGGAGCACCCUCAUCGUUAYGUUCUAGAUGCUGCCCAGACCCACAUUUACAUGCUGAUGAAAAAGGACUCCUAUGGCCGCUAUUUAAAGUCUCCAAUAUACAAGGAAAUGCUGGCCAAGGCUGUUGUGCCACAAGAGGGUGUCAAAAAAAGCACGGGUCUGUUCGGACGCCGCCACCUCCGCUCCAGCCCCAGCCCCAUCAUCCUGCGGCAGAUGGAGGAAGAGGCCAAAGCCCGAGAAGCYGCCACCACCGUGGACAUCACGCAGGUCAUGAGCAAGCUGGACCGCAGGAACCAGCUGCAGAAGGAAGCUCCUCCCAAGUAGGCUCUGAGCCCCGCGGGGCGCAGCGCAGGGAAAAGACAAGGCGAGGCUGCUGUUGAGCUUCGUCUCCCGUUCCUGAAGGUGUCAGUGCUGCUUUAGGUUUCCCCGGGCUGGCUCUGCCCCUGGCCAGCUCCCUGCACGUUGCCAUGGCUUCUGGAGAGAGGAUGCUGCUGCUUCCCUGGCAGGGCAGGGAGUGCUGGCACAGCCGGGCUGCUGCUGUACCAAACUCAGAAUCCAGCACCCGACUCCCUCCCUGCACUCCUCAAAAAAAAAA